UUACAUUUUAGUACACUUAAAGCAGAGCAAGAGUUAAGUUUACUGAAAAUUGUUCAAUCGAAGAAAUCCUACAAUAGCUAUGUUUUCACUUAAGUUAAUUUCUCUUGUUUUACUAAUUGAGAUUAAUAUUUCGGCACUCGACGCGCGAACAGUGCAUAAACAUGGCAAGAAGGGCAAACUCUCCGUGAGGAGUGAUGUCGAAGUCGUUUCCAAACUUUUGGAUGUGGACGAAUUCAAGCAUCAUAGCUACGAAGAGAUGCUGUGGUUCAUGAAGUAUUUCGCGUCAAAAUAUUCCGAUAUUGCUUCUCUCUACGAUAUCGGAGAAUCUGUACAGAACCGAAAACUCUGGGUCCUUGAAAUCUCCGGCAAUCCCGGCAAGCACGACCCUGGUGAGCCCGAGGUUAAACUCGUUGGCGGGAUUCACGGCGAGGAAGCAAUCAGUAAGGAGGUACUACUGCAGUUCAUAAAGGUGCUUUGCGAGAAAUACGAUAAAGACCCUGAAUUGACAAAACUCGUCGAUACAACCCGGAUUCAUAUUUUACCAAGUCUCAACCCUGAUGGCUAUGCUAUGGCGAGAACGAAAGGAGACAGUCAUCGCGGGAUUGGACAUACCAACGCACAUGGCAUUGACUUAAAUAGAAAUUUCCCAGACCAGUUUUUCCCCACAACGUCGCCUGAACAACCUGAAACAAAAGCCGUUGAAAAAUGGAUCAAAUCACAUCCUUUUGUUCUAUCAGCCAGUUUACAUGCGGGCUCAUUGGUAGUUACGUACCCCUACGAUGAUUCCCCUUCGGGACAGAGCGUGUACAGUGCUACGCCGGACGACGACGUUUUCCGACAUCUCGCAAAGAUUUACUCGGUGAACCAUCCAACGAUGCAUUUAGCAAAUCCAAAACUGAGCUGUUCAACAUAUGGUCAACAUUUCAUUGACGGUGUUACGAAUGGAGCUAAAUGGUUCAGCGAGCCAGGGGGGAUGCAGGAUUAUAACUACGUCCGUUCAAAUUGUUUUGAAGUUACCAUUCAACUUGGAUGUGAUAAGUUUCCAAAUUCCUCCAAGAUCGAAACGUAUUGGAAAGAGAAUAAAAAGUCGUUGGUAAAUUUUAUCAAAGAGGUUCACACAGGAGUGAAAGGUUUCGUAAAAGACAUCCAUGGCAAACCUCUGGCAGGAGCAAGUGUCACAGUGUCUGAUCGUCAACAUCCUGUCGCAACAGCAAAGGAUGGCGACUACUGGAGGUUACUAGUACCAGGCUCCUAUGAAAUACAAGCAAUCAGCACGGGGUAUAAGCCUCAGAGAAAAGUGAUAGAAGUUCAUUCUGAUAAAGUUGCUGUUCUUGAUUUCGCUUUAAAACCGUUCCGUGAUGACGGUGAAGAUGAAGCUUUCGCUGGUUUGUAUAACGACGAUCCUCGUGAGAGUGGCAAACAUACUUGGUCAGCGGGAGCUAGCAGAUCACGUGAAGGUGAUAACACAGCACCUGAAGACACGAAAGGAGAUUUUUCAGGCGCAUCUUCAGAGGAAUACGACGACCGACCAAAAGGUAAAAAUUCCGCAGUUAAACGUCCUGCUUCUCCAGAAAUGGAAGAAGAUGCAAGAAAGAAGACGCUGGAAAGGGACAGCGAGAAGGAAUCAACCCAACAUGAUUCCACCACACCAAAUCCUUCACCCAAAACGACAAACGCUGCAUUGAAAGAGAAUACUGCAAUCGGAAAAAGAGUUGUUUGCCAUGUACGAGGAAAGGCGGGGAUUCUGAAGGGCGUGUUGAAAUGGAUUGGCUAUCUUCCAACUUUACCCAAAAACAAAGAUAAUAUUGUAGCAGGAAUCCGGCUGGAUAAGAAAGAUAAACUGGGAACCGAUGGAUCAUUCAUGGGUAAAAGGUAUUUCACGGCUGCUCCAAAGCAUGGGUAUUUUGUCAGAUACAAGGACUGUAAGGAGAUUUAGUGGAAAUCAAAGUAACUCUACUUCGAUAAGAAAAUGAAAGUGGGAGCCGCGAUGGUUACAUGAAGAUAUUUUUGACGUUUCGCAAGGCGAUGAAAAUGCAGGCUUUGCAGAAAGAUAUAUAUAGCCUGUAUAUUUUUCUUAAAAUGAUAAUUAUGUGUAAAAUGCAAUGGUAACAAAAACAUAGUCAUCAACAAUUGAUAUUUUUUUUAUUUAUUUCUGUAUUUUUGGAUUCAUUUAUCUCAUACUUUACACCUUUAAUUUUUAAGAUACAUUUUUAUAAAAAAAUACGAGGAAUUCCAAAAUAUAGUAUCAUUUACAUUA